CUCUGUGCCACUAGCAGCAAUUGAGUUCUCUCGCACUUUAAAGAAUCUGUGAAAGACGCCCAAUUAUUCAAAGAGGAAACCUUCUUGACUAGACGUAGCAAAGGUCUAACUAUAGCAAAUCUUAGGACUAAAUAAGGUAAGAAAACAAACCUGUUAGUUUCGUAGUAGCUCGAUCUAGAGGUAGACAGGUUUUCUUUGGCUCCAGAAUAGUGUUAAGUGAAUGCAUUCACAAUGAUUUCCGUUUUUUCAUCUAGCAAACAUUAUAUGCACCAACCAUCAAAAUAUCAGUUUAAUGGCAAGCACGGUAUCAGACCCGCUCGAUUAAACAACACUAAUAUAACUAGCAAUAAGAUUUUGGUAGUCUGCAACACAAUAUUUCUUUGUUAUUGUUUUUAAAAUCGUUCAGUUGUAUUUCAGAAUUUCGUUAUAUGUCGAAGGAAUGAUCAAUGACAAUCGGUCAUGGCAGCAUUUAUAACCGUGCUUGUUCGUUAACAGUUUUAACGUACUUACGUUUCGAUUUCGCUAGAGAUCAAACUUAUAUGAUCCCUGUUCCCUGAAGUUAGAUCACAUGAUUUAUCCACUCAGUAAGUAUACACGUGAUUAGAAAACAGGGAAACGAAACACUGACAAACUGAGGAGCGUAACCAAGGGCUAACAUGUUUGCUCCUUACAUUUUUAUAGGCGAUGGUCGUUUAUUAGCUUUGAGGGAACCCGGCCAUUUUGAGGAAAAUUAAUAUUGUACAUUUGGUAUUCGUAGUAAUACAUGAGCAGGAGAUCUCAGCAAGCUCUGCUGAGCUUUUCAGAGGACUUAAGGUCCCCGACUUUUCUUAUCAUUAAAUUACUAACACAUUGUUUGUCACUUAAUAUUACAAUUUAUAAAAUAACUGAGAUUGUACGUGAUCUGACCAGCACAAUAGGUAAGGAGACUAGACGUGAAGGAGUAGCUGUGUAGGAUUUGCGAUAAAUAGAACAUUUAGGUAAUUGAAACCUACAAACCGUCACCUCUAUCAUAUUUGGCAUCACUCCGUGUUAUAAGAGCUUUUAAGCAAUUUUCAUUUUGUUAUUUUCGUAUGGAUUUUUUACUUUAUUGUUUUUAUUAUCUUUUUAAACUUAAUUUCACCUAGUUGUAUUGGGUCCAAAAAAUAUAUUAUGUAUCAUGUGAUUUAGCAUUGUUUUUUAAAUUUGUUUUUUACACUUUAAUUUUAUCUAGUUGUAUUCUGUCCCCUUAGCAGAAUAUAAUUAUUUGGUUCACUUUAAGGCUAUUAACUGAAUAUGAUCCUUAUCAUUGUUUACUGAUUGCAGCCACGUUUGCCACUGAUGUGCGGCCGGAUAAAGCAGUGUAUGUAUUUAGCCUUGAUGUGUUUGUUCGUUGUAUACAGAGAAACCAGGGGAACGAACGGAACAUGUGUUUGCUAUGAUAACAAUGGGGGUGUCUACAACCUUCAACCACUGCAAAGAACUGAUGGGAAUCCCAGGUUUGAAAGCCGUUACUGACAUAUUUUAAAAGCAGCUUCGAAUACAGGAAAAAACUGCUAGUAAGAAUCUAUUGGUUUGAAAACCUGCUGGCAGAAAUUUACUAUAUAUUUUAAUACUCAAACUGAAGAACCUGUUUAGCUAAAAAGGAUCAAGCAGGUUCUUAAAUGUGGGAUACAUUAAAAUAUUAUGAUAAAUAUUUUAAUCAAGGAGUCUGACUUUGAGAUUGAAAAUUUAUAUUCAAGAAAAUACCUUUUUUGCAUGUAUAAAAAAAUAAUUUAUUUAUUUUUAUUUUUUUAUAUACAACUCUUUUGCGGAAAUAGCACUAAAUAUCCAUUCUGUAAUCAGUUUUAUAGGCAUAUCAUAACACAAUUGUGAAUAAAUACUGUAUACUGGGUUUUCNGGAACGAACGGAACAUGUGUUUGCUAUGAUAACAAUGGGGGUGUCUACAACCUUCAACCACUGCAAAGAACUGAUGGGAAUCCCAGGUUUGAAAGCCGUUACUGACAUAUUUUAAAAGCAGCUUCGAAUACGGGAAAAAACUGCUAGUAAGAAUCUAUUGGUUUGAAAACUUGCUGGCAGAAAUUUACUAUAUAUUUUAAUACUCAAACUGAAGAACCUGUUUAGCUAAACAGGAUCAAACAGGUUCUUAAAUGUGGGAUACAUUCAAAUAUCAUGAUAAAUAUUUUAAUCAAGGAGUCUGACUUUGAGAUUGAAAAUUUAUAUUCAAGAAAAUACCUUUUUUGCGUGUCUAAAAAAAUUAUUUUUCUAUUUUUAAUUUUUUAUAUACAACUCUUGUUGCGGAAAUAGCACUAAAUAUCCAUUCUGUAAUCAGUUUUAUAGGCAUAUCAUAACACAAUUGUGAAUAAAUACUGUAUAUUUCAGGACCAAAGCCAAGUUUUUUUUAUUUUUAUAUCUUCAUAGAAAUUAAGAACCAACUGAGCCUAAAUUGUCAAUAACUGCCCCAAAAUGCAGGAACCUUUUUAGCCAGACUUCAAAAAAUGUAGUUUCUUAAACGCGGGUUUUCACUGUGCCAGUGUAAAUUACUGCUUGGCAAGGAAAUUGUGUAUAAAUUGUAAGUCAAGAACACCAUCCGUGUCCUCCUGGAACUCCAACGAUCUAUAAAUGACCCUAUUAUUUGUUACUCCAACAGAUUUACGAAGGAAGGCAGAGGAAAGAUGUCUGGUUAUGAGUAUGCAUACAAUCCCUGCACCUCAUUUGUAAUAAACGCGCCAUUACCUCACCCAAAUGAUUGUCUUGAUGAUGUAGCGGUGAGUUUUUUGAUUGAGUGUACACAUGAAUUAGCGCUUUCAAAAAUUACUCUCUCUGUGAGGUAACGAAAAUGUUUCCACGUUAGGAAAACAGCGGACAUUUAAACUGUACGAAUUUUGAAAUUUAUUCGUUGUAGUCUCUAAGUUUAAAUCUGAAUGAGUCGUCAACGAAGUUAAUUAAUUCAUCAAUACACACCUGCACCUACCUAUAAUAACAUCUAAAUUUUUCAAAAGCAGAACAGGGCAAAUUUAGUAAUACAUUUCAUAUGCCUGGAAAAAUACAGCCAAUCCGCAACGCACAGUGUUAACAGUCAGUGUCAUCAUAAGUAGGCAAGUGCUUCAGUCAACGACUUUUCCAGCACCGAAGACGCAGAGCGGUGGUCAGGACUUGACCUCUGAGUCUCCCGACAAGAAGUCAUACCGCUCAUGAAUUGUUUAUCAUUUCAGAUAUGUUGUUGGCCACAAAAUGGUGCUAGUUUCACAAAAAUUGGAGAUCAAAGUACGGCACACUGUGGUGAACCGACAAGGAUGCAGCUAAUAUACAAGACUAAGUACGUAAGGCCGUAAUGUACAUUAUUGCUGGCGAGCAAAAUGCGAGCCCGCAGUUGUAUUCUUGAAUAACUGAUAGCCGGAAUUUCAGACGUUACUUCGAGUCGCUUACUCCCUCAGUAACGUCUAAAUCGACCGGCCAUUAAUGCCUUCCAGUGACGUCACUACCCGAAAACAAGGUAGUGAUUUUGAUUGGUUGAUUAUCCAAACAUUCGCAUAAUUAUGUAUGAUUUAUGUAUAAUUUUAGCGGAACUGUCGUUUGAUAUUCAACGGAUCGUGUGCUUGCAUGGAGUUCAAAAAUUUCGAGAGUCGUUAAAUUGAACUACAAAUGAAGAAUNAUGAAUUGUUUAUCAUUUCAGAUAUGUUGUUGGCCACAAAAUGGUGCUAGUUUCACAAAAAUUGGAGAUCAAAGUACGGCACACUGUGGUGAACCGACAAGGAUGCAGCUAAUAUACAAGACUAAGUACGUAAGGCCGUAAUGUACAUUAUUGCUGGCGAGCAAAAUGCGAGCCCGCAGUUGUAUUCUUGAAUAACCGAUAGCCGGAAUUUCAGACGUUACUUCGAGUCGCUUACUCCCUCAGUAACGUCUAAAUCGACCGGCCAUUAAUGCCUUCCAGUGACGUCACUACCCGAAAACAAGGUAGUGAUUUUGAUUGGUUGAUUAUCCAAACAUUCGCAUAAUUAUGUAUGAUUUAUGUAUAAUUUUAGCGGAACUGUCGUUUGAUAUUCAACGGAUCGUGUGCUUGCAUGGAGUUCAAAAAUUUCGAGAGUCGUUAAAUUGAACUACAAAUGAAGAAUCCUUGUAUUCCGCCUUUACUCUCACGAAACCUGUCACUUAUUUUUAGAGGAUAUCCUGGAGAAGAGUGGCACUACAAGGUAACACUGAUAUGUAACCGGACAAAGGAAACGCCAAGCUUUGAACAAGACCCGGAUGAUUCGUUUGUAAGUGCACUCAAAGAAACCUACUGAAAGUACAUAGCUUAUCAAUAUAAGAUUGAAAUGACAGAGAUAACGUCACCUAAUAUACAGCUACGUUAUUUUGGAGUAUUAGCCUGAAGGGAAAUCCAAAAAAAAGUUUAAUUAAGACCUUGAUCCAACCUUGUAUCUGAAUAUACAAGGGCAAUGCGAGACGGCCAAAGAACAUGAAAUCCAAGCAGGCGCGAGAUAGAGAACCUUUUUAGGGAGAAAUAGGACAACUUUUUCAGUCUAAGCCUCAUUAUUGAAAGUCUCAGACAAAGAUAAGCGGCUUUCUGGCUUGAGGAGGUUACUUCACAGCAAGAACAGUAGAAUAUCAGACCUGCCUAAAGUUUGAACUAAUGAACUACUACCAAUCUCUGCGGAUGAGAAACCAGAAAAAGCAAGCCGUAUUUAUGUAUUUUGAAAACACGCCAACCACGAGUAGCCUUUGUUUUCCCCAGUCAAAUGGUAAGGUACAGUGCGCUAUCAAAACAAGGAAGUCUCUUAGUUCCCAAUGAAAUCUUUAAGUAAGGUAUGGUAAAACGGGCAACAAAAAAAAUCAACUUGUCUAGCAACAUUGCUGCAAAAUUACAUGAAAAAUCGAUGUUGCGCGUUUUAGCAAACACGCUCAAAGACAAAUAAACGUUGGAGACAAAACCGAGGCUUACUUUAUCUUGAUAACCAAUUGCGCCCGCUGGUUUUCCUAGAGCGGAUAGGUCGCUUGUGUAUUGGUCUUAUUGGCUGCCAUUCACAAAACCAUGCUUUUUAAUUUUCCAAAAGACGUUUUCUGAACAUUCUCUCCUUUUUUAUCCCCACCAAAGUCCCUCAUCAGGUACGUUAUCCAUGUUUCCGUCCAUCGCUCUUAGAACUAAAAGACUAGCUGAAAAUCAUAGUUGUACUUGACCGUUUCAAACUGUGAUUGCAUAUAAGCAGCGUUGAUAGAACAAAGCAAGAAAAUCAGUAUUAAAAACCUUUAUCUCCGUGCCUAACAAACCAAUCAUUCAGAGAAACAUUGAUCCAUAAUUAGAUUAUUAAUUCUGGAAAAUGAACAGAGUUUUGAACGCCAUUUUUUACGGUGGAAAAUCUAACAGUCUUUUCAGCAGGACUUUACAACUAAGUGACCCAACCCUUGGGUUUAAAAGUGUCAUUGAAAUAAAAGAAAGGGAUAAUGGAGUAAGAUACGAAGUUUACAAAGAGGUCCGCAUGUUAAUGUAAUAUUUGUAACUGGGUUUUUUUCUUGUUAAAACGAGGAUCGUUUCGAUGAAAACCCUUCAAGCUCGAGAUACCUUCUUGUAAUAUGCUGGCAAAUGGCGCCGGCACUAACGCCAGUGUUUCAGUUUUCAAACACUUGGAACAUUCUAAGUAAAUUUUCAAAAAGUGACUUAUAUUAAUAGCGUAUUAAUUAUUGGUAAUACCCUUAACAUUCACUGAAAGUAACAACAAAGGUUUUGCAAAGAGCUCGCGUUUAAUCAACCUCUAAGUGGCCCUCUUAGAAAGAUGUCCGUCUUAUAGAGAGUCAAGUAAAGGGAAUAAAGAAAGGCAGGGACCAACUCUCGGUGACCGUUUUACAGAAGUGUCAGUCGUAUGCAUAAUGAAACUUAUUUUACGGCCCUUUUCCCCCUAAGGUAUAUUAUUAAUGCCAAAAGGAUGGAAUAACAUAUUUUUAUGCUCUCUUUCACCAGCAAUUUUAUCUGACUCACAAAUGCGCCUGUCCAAAUGCUUGCCCAUUGGAUCCCACAACAACUACUGCCGCAUCUACUUCAGGUAAGUUACUCAAAGAGGCCUUGAGUAUGAGUUUGAGUUUAUACAUCAGCUUUUUUUUUUAACAUUUUUUCUGCCCCCUCACCGCCCCCUGGAAAAUAGUACGAUUUACCGUGUAUAAUAACAAUAAAAGAUGACUCAUCGUGGUUUGUGGUUUAUAGGUUAUUUCUUAGACAACUUUUCUUUCAAUUAUGUACCAUCGCAGCUAGCCAAGAUGAUGGAAAAGCCCUGUGGGAGCCACUGUCUAUUGCUGUUGGAAGUGUUAUAUUUGUGAUACUUGUAAUUUUCGCCAUCUUUUGCUUGGUUACAACCCCACAGAAUAGGAACGACCACGGCGAAAGGAGACAUCUCUUUAAUGAUCAAGACAGCGGAAUCGACGAAAGUAGAAACAGUUUUCCUGACUCCAACCUGGGAAAGAGGAUUGCAAAUCUUCUGAAUGAUUCACCGCCAGUAUCAAAAAUUUCUAGCUCAAAUAACGAUAUAAAGAUGCCACCCAAAGACAUCUUAAAGAAAACUGAACGUUCUAAUGUAGCCGUUUAAGACCACUACUGCUAGAUGAAGUGCACGUUAGACCAUCCAAACCAUGUAAUACUAGCCAAACACUUUUGUAUAAACAUUGAUUGCUGGUACAUAGAAGCAAAAAUUUUAUCCUAAACCUUCUGCCAUACAGUAGCAAAACAGUGUUCUGGACGUUGUAUUUUAUUUUCCCAAAUGAUUUCUCUAAUCUGCGAUCGACAAAUCCCUUUUAGUACCGAGCUAUCUCAUCAUAAACCAUGAUUUUUUUACAU